GGCUGUAGUAACGCUGCGCGCGCGCUGUCGACGCACGUGUUAUCUGCGCGUGCCAUUCCAAGUGCUACUCAUUUAAUGAACGCAACGAUGUUCCGACGAGUAUUAUUAUUUACAAUAUUUCUGCAUGUUACAAGAAAUGCAUUGGUUCAAUCAGCCAAACAGCAGGUCCAGCUCUCGGACUCCUAUCUCCCUGUCGCCAUGCAAGUGAUAGCCCACCUUACGGACCAGAUGGCUUUCGAGGUGAAAGAUGACGUAACACCGCGUCCCCCGAGACCUACGACCAAACCAACCACUCAAAAACCACUAGACGUUACUACACCCUUCCACAAGCCAGGGUUAUACGCACCGACAUCACCACCCAAGCCAUCAGACAGGGUGAAACCAAAAUCACCACACAAUUACGUUCUCCUUCCCCUCGAAAACAAUGCUCAAUAUACAAUCAUAGAACCCCAAGAGAAGAGAACAGAAGAACCACUACUAGCGGCUCAUAAUGAAGAAGUGAAACCAAUAUUGGAACCACUGCCCAACGUACCCCAUCACCUGUUACCUUAUCAGACAGAUUUGAAAGUAUCAAGUCGUUCUGAUGGUUACGACGAAAUAAAUGAAGAGAACUUGCAAUACUUAUCACAAAAUGUUAGAGACAUGCUCAGAAUGGCUCAUGAUCCCGACGAUGAAAGGCUUGUUGAUGUUUGGGAGGGUUUAAGGGCAAAUCCAGCUGAAGUGUCUACUAAAGGAAAGCUGUCAUCUUCUAACUUGAGACUACUUCUCUUGUACGAUCUUCUGAGCAGAGACGCGAAGAGACAGAAACUAUCAGAUUACAGUGGUUUCUCACCAGAUGUAAUGAAGACCCUCGUAGAUUCAUCAGACGCCGGAGCCAGGGCUCAACUGAGCAUGGCCUUGUCAAAAAUGGUGGAACGACACGAUUGCGGCCACGAAUACGCCAACAAUCGGGCCAAGGAAAUGGUCGUUGAAUUGGCCAAAGAUGAAUCACUUCUAUCAUCAGAGUUGAGAUAUUUACAGCCUCUAGUUUAUAGAUUCUAAAAUAUGAAGUCUGAAA